CUCCCACAAAGUUGGAGUUCUCAUAUCACACUAAAACUAAUAAAGUGUGUACAACAAUCACAUCCUUCCUUCCUUUGUUGCAUAUAAAGAAAAGGGUUUUUUCUCCUUUGCAAAGAAAAUGGAAAUUGUGGCCAUGGGCAAAGAGAAGUGGGAGAAAAAUAUUCAUAUUUUAGACAAGAAAAUCAGAAGGUUUCCGGGUUUUAUAUGGCAAACAACUUGGAGAGUUGGUAGAGAUGAUCCUCGAAGAGUUAUUCAUGCUUUUAAGGUUGGCUUUGCUUUGACAUUAGUCUCUUUGCUGUAUCUGCUAGAGCCAUUGUUUGAAAGUAUUGGACAAAAUGCUAUUUGGGCUGUGAUGACUGUUGUUGUUGUGCUUGAGUUCACAGCAGGUGCAACUUUGUGCAAAGGACUUAAUAGAGGAUUAGGGACACUUAUAGCAGGAUCAUUAGCUUUCGCCAUAGAGUACAUUGCUCAAGAAACCGGCCAUGUUUUUCGAGCUAUCUUCAUCGGAGCUGCAGUUUUUGUUAUAGGAUCUGCAGCUACAUAUAUAAGGUUUUUUCCCUAUGUGAAGAAGAAUUAUGACUAUGGAGUUGUGAUAUUCCUCUUGACUUUUAAUUUGAUUACUGUGUCAAGCUUUCGAGUUAGCAAUGUACUAAAGAUCGCCCACCAACGGUUCUACACCAUUGCAAUUGGCUGUGGAGUAUGCCUGUUAAUGAGUCUGCUGGUUUUCCCAAUUUGGUCAGGAGAAGAUCUCCAUAAUUCCACUGUGUCCAAGCUUGAAGGUCUAGCUAAAUCCAUAGAAGCUUGUGUGAAAGAAUAUUUUAGCGAAGUGGAGAAAGAAGCGCCAGAAGAUCAAUCUGAGGAUCCGAUCUACAAAGGCUAUAAGAAUGUUCUUGACUCAAAACCACAAGAUGAAACUUUGGCAUUACAUGCAAGUUGGGAGCCUAGACAUUCAAGGCACUGCAAAUAUCCUUGGCAGCAGUAUGUGAAAUUAGGAGCUGUUCUCCGCUCUUUUGGUUACACUGUUGUAGCUCUUCAUGGAUGUCUCCAAACUGAAAUUCAGACCCCAAGAUCAUGCCGUGCCCUCUUCAAAGAUCCAUGCAUUAGAGUAGCUAGUGAAGUAUCAAAAGCACUAAUGGAACUUGCCAAUAGCAUAAGAAAUCACCGACAUUGCUCACCUGGGAUACUCUCCGAUCAUCUCCACGAAGCAUUACAUGACCUUAACAGAGCCAUAAAAUCGCAGCCGAGGCUUUUUCUAGGUUCCAACCAUAACCAAGCCACAAACAUGCUUGCUUUGGCAGCUGCACAUGCCAGACAAAAGCAAGAAAAAGAUCAUGGAGUUUCGCUAGCAAGUGUAAAGACAGAUAGUUGUGCGUUGUUUGAAUGGAAAUCCAAAAGGACUAAUGAGCAAUCUAGAGAAGCUGAAAGAAAAGUGUUAAGGCCACAGUUGAGUAAAAUUGCAAUCACAAGUCUUGAGUUCUCAGAGGCACUUCCAUUUGCUGCUUUUGCUUCUUUGCUGGUGGAGACAGUAGCAAGGCUUGACAAUGUGAUUGAAGAAGUUGAAGAGCUUGGAAGGAUAGCUUGCUUCAAAGAGUAUAAGCCUGGUGAUGAGAUUGUUGUGAAUUGUGAGACACCAAAGGUGAAUGUUUCACAUAAUCAUUUUCAUUCUUCUGAUGGAGCAGAGUGAUUCUCUAGUAUUUGAUUUAUGGGUUUCCAAUUUUAUAUAUAUAUAUUUCAAUCAUGUACCAAAAAAAAAAAGAACUAGAUCGUUGAUGUUUGAGUUCACAACUUCAACUCUUUCUUCUAUAUCUCUCUUAA